UAUUUGGUUGUUAUUCCUUGUUUAAAGGAGUUUCCUUUUUAAGUUUAAACACUGUCAAUAGCGACGUGUUGAAAAUAUAACCCUGAUAAAAUCACCUACCCAUGCGUCAAAAGGUUUUUUAAAGCAUAUAAAACUAUUUAACCGAGUUAGAAGACCCAAACUUUGUGAUCACAAUUUCCGAAUACUUUCCACAGGAUAUUGGCCAAGUCUUGGGUAACAAGAAACUUGGGAACUCAGCCAGCCUACUUACAAUGUCUGAAUAAAGCCCAGACGUGUUUCGACUGACUGGAUUCAAGGAUGGCUGAACAUAAGGCAGAGGGUGAUGGAGGAGGAAAUAUGGAGGAUCUGCCUGCUGGACAACUUCCUGCGGAGAUCGAGAGCUGGUCUACAGAACAUGUCAGAAAGUGGACUCUUGAGUUGAAAAAUAUAGGUGAAGAAUGUGCUAAUAUAAUGUACCAGCAGAAAAUUAAUGGAGAAAGUCUUUUACUUUUGGACAAAUCUGAUUUGAUGGGAACAGGUAUUCCAUUGGGUCCAGCAAAACUGAUAAUUCAUAAGAGGGAUGAACUUGUGAAACUCAAAGCUGAGAUGUUAAAUUAUCCUGGAGUUCAGGCAGGGGGUCCGUGCAAGCCUUACCCUUUCAAUCGAUUUCAUGAAGCUUACAGAUACAGGAUUAACAGCUGUCUCGACAUACCAGAGUCAGGGGCAUUAGAUUUGAUUGAGCCAUGUCAUGAAUUUAAAGCAUACAUCAAUACAGGUGACACAACAAAAGAAGCCAAAAUCAAGAAAUUCACUGACGAGGUUGUGCGUUUUGCAGGAGCUUGUAUGAACAGUCGCACAAAUGGCACCAUUCACUUUGGCGUAGGGGACUUGCCAGAUUUUAGCCAUGGUCAGAUUCUAGGCUUUAGUGUUGAAGAUAAAGAGUCUUUUGGGAAAGCUUUACAUGACAUGAUUGAGGGCCACUUUGAACAUAAACAUGUGGCGGCAGCAAAGAAGUGCAUCAAGCCACCUCGAUUUGUCGAGGUGCUUCAAUCUGAUAUGACAUCUUCAGAGAACUAUGUCAUGGAGGUUGACAUAGAACCGACAUUUUCAGUCUGUGAAGAGAACUUCUUUCAUGUCUACAACAUGGACUCACGAAAGUCAAAAAGAAGCAAGAGCAAAGAAUCUAGGGAAGAUGCAAAAAAGUCUUUCUACAUUCGAGACAACAGUAGCAGCAGAGAUCUUCUUAGGCAAAACACUCAGUCCAAGCCUCUGGAGGAGUACACUAAAUACAAUGAAAAUAUAUCAAAGCUGUCACAGGAAAGAAAGGAAGCUGAAGAAAAGCGCCUUUCCAUUGCUAGAAAUAGCGUUCAGGGUUCCAAGUUGUGUGAAAUGAUAACUGGUGGAUCACAUUCUUUGGAUACAUCCCAUUUUGAAAGGUACAUACUUGUAACCAACAAAUCGCAUCCAGUCCAACUCGAUUCCUUGAGUUUCCUUUUAGACAUGAACCUGACUGCAGUCUUGGACUUUGAUCCAGAGUCUUCAGAGAAAGGUUUAAAGAAGUUUUUUGAAGAUCGAAACACAAAUGUCCAUUCUCCAGCGCAGUACAAAAUCACUGAAGCAGUAGAGGACAUCGCAAGCAAAUUGAAACUGACCAGAAUCACCAGCUGGAUUUUCUGCAAUGGUGACAUCAGUGGAGAGGAGCCCUCGGACAUAAACUCCUGGUCAACAGAAAAAGGAGCUUCUGUUCGAGAUGUCGUUUCCUUCUUGUGUCGAGGUGAAGUCCUACCUCCCAAGAGAUUCCUUGUCAUAUUUCUGCUGCUGUCUGAUGUCAUCGAUAGCAAGGACCCUUUGCUUGAGAUCUUCAAUACCUUCCGGCAAGAGCUCAGAGGACCCCACCAAAUCCUGUGCAUCUGUGAGAAUGACCGAUCUUUCAUCUCUUGGAAGGAGCUUAUUGAAGCUCGCUAUGGAGACAACAUUUCAAACAGAUGCAUUUCUGAGCUCAGCUUUGCGGAGAUUAAUGGCACUGUUCUCAGUCUGUGGUCCAGUAACCGUCGCUCAAGCAGAUUUUUACCUUGCGGUGGAGGCAGCAAAGUUAUGUUAACAAAGAAAAUGGAGGGCUGCUUGGACACCCUGGAUAUUCUGUGUGUCAAUCAAUGUGAAGGGGGUAAUGACGAUAAGCUGUCAAUCCAGGAGAAUUUUUACAAAGGAGGGAAGGUAUCAUGGUGGAACUUCUACUUCUCUGAGGAACCUGGAUCUACACCAUUCAUCAAGCGAGACAAAUUUGAUUACAUAAUUGACACGAUCAUUCCAGAUCUCUGUUCCUUGACAAGACCUUGUGCGCUCUUCAACAUAAUGCAUCUCCCAGGCUGUGGUGGUACUACUCUUGCAAUGCAUGUUUUAUGGACACAGAAAGAGAAAUUCCGCUGUGUUGUUCUGAAGGACAGAGCAGCAGAUCCGGAUGAUGUUGCCAAGCAGGUGGUACAGCUGCUGACCUAUGAGGCAACGGAACAGUCUACUGGGCUCCCUAUAUUACUGAUGAUCGAUGACUUUCAAGAAAGGGAUGCAGUAUAUAGUCUGCAGCAGAGCAUUGAAAGAGCAUGCCCAAGGAAGAGCACUGGGGGCACCAAUCCCCAAGUCAUCAUACUCUGUUGCAUGCAAACUGAGUCCUGGGGUCAGCAUGAGGCAACAGUAGACACUGUCAUCAUUAGGAAUGAACUAUCAGAGCCAGAACAGAAACUCUUCCAAAAUAAGCUUGGGGAAAUGAAGAAGACAUACAAGAAUGUUGAAACAUUCUAUGGCUUCAUGAUCUUAAAGGAGAACUUCUCACCAGAGUAUAUAAAGGGAGUGGCCAAAAACACCCUGAAGAGCUUUAACAUCAACCAAAAGCAAGCCCAACUCAUUGCUGUGAUGGUCCUUUUGAAUUUCUAUUGCAAAAAUCCACCCCUUUCUGUUGCUCUGUGCGAAACAUUCUUGGGUCUGCCAACCAAGCCAAAGUUCGGGUCUUGUAAAGUACAGGAUGGCUUUGGGAAAUUCUCCCCACUUGUAACUUGUUGCACUGUCCAGGCCAAAGUGGUCUUCAAUGCUGUGAGAGUAAUUCAUCCAAGCAUGGCUAAGCAUUGUUUGGAAGAGUUGACAACUACCCACAGUUUAUCAAAAGCAGAGAUUGCCAACCUUCUGCUGACCACAGACCAGUUUUAUGAAUGUCUUCAGGGGAAAGAGAAACUUCUACAAGAUGUCCAUGCCAUGCUGGUGAAAAGAUAUCACUCGCCAGAGAGUGAAGAGACCCAGUUCUCACCGCUCAUCCACGCUAUUAUCAAGGAGACACCAGGGUUUGAAGAAACAGUUCUGUUCAAUGCAGCCAAACGCUUUGAGAAAGAUGCAAUCAUUUCUCAGCUUCUGGCCAGGUACCACUACCUGAAGAAAAGGGAUUUCAGAGAAGCAAAAGAUUGGGCACGAAAAGCAAAAGAUCUUGAUGAAGACAGCUCAUAUAUAGCUGACACUUCUGCACAAGUCAUCAAGCAUGAACUGAGGAAUGCCAUUGUCACAAAUCAAGAUGAUCCCAUUAAACCUGACCAGCUGGAAGACUAUCUCAAGAUGGCCUGCUCUGCCAUAGAUGCUUUCAAAGAGACUCAAGUUAUUGCCAAGAAAGAAGUUGCUCUGAGAUCUCAGCGCAAAAAAGACUACACACCCUACAACAUCAGUGGACGUCAAGGAGAAAUUCAGGUGGCAGUGAUGGUUAUUGAAGUCCUAGAGAAAAUUCCAGUUUUUUCCCUUGAUAAACUUAGGCGAAGUAUACUAAGUCACAUCCUCUCAGGCAAAAUACCUAUCCAAGCUGUUGCCAGUAAUGAUCGCAUGAGACACAAGAAUGCAUCUUACUACCAUGUCCUACAGAACUUUGAGCCAUUUUUGCAGAACAUCAAGGACAACAUGAGGAGGCAAUUUGAUUUCCUUGACAGCUUCUUUAUCAACCUUAAGCCCUGGUUCUCACAGAAUGAUGCAAGAGAAGAGAAAACAAGGAAGGAGCUCCUCAGGAGUUUCCACAAAUAUGUGGACCUUUUCUGCAAAACAGAUCCUCAAGAACUAAUGGCUAAUAAAAACAUACCAACCGUGUACAGGUUGAGGCAGUUUCUGGAAAUAAACAAAGCAGAUACCCAUUUUGGAAUACUGGAAUAUCUUUCAGCAAAAGGCACUGAUCCCACACCGCAGAUGAUAGUCCAACAGUACAGGAUACUGUAUACAACCAAGCAUGUUAAUUUGAGAGAUGUUGUCAACUACAUUUAUGCCAAUGUAGUCCUUGCUUGCGUCUGGCCACAAUCUCAGUUUAUUGCACCUUAUGUUGAACUUCUUCAGUUUCUAAAUCAGGUUCUCUUGCAUCAGGUUCAACAUGCUGAUUCUUUGGCAGUGCAUUUCAUUGCUACUGUUAUUCUGUGGCCGGAGAACAACCCUCUGUUCCCCACAAAACUGUCUGAGAAAAUGGGAACCUGCUUGUCACAGCUCAGGAGCACGUUCAUGAAUGAAAUGCAAUCGAUGGAACAUGGAAAGAAACCUGUCGUCCACUUCUACUUGGGAAACAAGCAAGGCUAUGGACGCUUGGUCAGCCAUGGAGCCCUCACCAAAUGUGGGAGCCCUGAACAGUUUGACAAUGGACAAAUAUGGAGGGAAGAAAGAGUCAAAAGAAUCCUACUGAGGGUCUGCGGAGUAGUUCAGCGGAAUUGUAUUUUGGCAAACACUUGUAAUCCAAAUGUCAAAGUUGAAGUCUGGCCCCGAUACAAAAGCGAUUUAAAAGUCAUGGAAGACAACCGUGUGUCAUUCUAUGUCGGGUUUACCAUGAAAGGCCCAGUUGCUUUUGACAUUAAGUAAAUACAUUUCCUCAUCGGUGGCAAUGAAAAUUGAUCCCAUCAAAAUCACCAACAAAUCGCCACCAGCAAGUUGCAACCAGUGUUGACGUUCUGCACAAUGUUGAGUAUGACUUUACAAGCAUUCCAUGACCAAUCAGUGAUAUUAAGUCACUGAUGUUCUUUUAAAUUUCACUUAAAAUGUACCUAAAUCACCUAAAUCCUGUCUCUUUAUGCAUCCAUCCACUGGCAGUUGUCUUAAUUCAAAGCUCUGAAUAGUAUGAUGGCAUUAAAACAAUGAAUAGUAUUGUAGAUCUGUAGAUGCUAGUUACUUUUUAAUUAUUUUUCGUUUUUUUUUUAAUGUAUUUCAAUUUUUCACUCUUUCUCUUUUAUUGGAAUGUCAAAUCAGAUAUUUUGCCUAUAUUGCUGUGACACGUUUCUGCUCUCAAAAUAGUAGAUUAUAGUAAUUAGUUGAAGUUACAUAGUGUUUUCUGGAUUGUACUGUUUAUUAAAUACUGUUGAAUGCAUUAUGAUGCCACAACAAUAUCGCACAAGAUCAUGUAUGAUGAACUGCAAGCACUCCAGCUGUAAUGGCAUACCUAUUGCACUGUUUUAAUUUUGGGCACUUCUUUUUAAACUGCACUGACUUUUUCAUACUUUUCUCUACAUGUUUUUAAAGAUAUAACCACAUAACCACUAUAUAUAAUGCUCUGUCGUAUAUUUCCAUUCUGUAUCUUUCUGUGAACUGUGAAGCACUUAUUCGUUGCAUCACAUAACUAUUGUAUAUUUUGAUGUCACAUUGCACGUUCAUUGGGACCACCAAGCUUAAACUAAAUCCUGUCUCUUUAUGCAUCCAUCCACUGGCAGUUGUCUUAAUUCAAAGCUCUGAAUAGUAUGAUGGCAUUAAAACAGUGAAUAGUAUUGUAGAUCUGUAGAUGCUAGUUACUUUUUAAUUAUUUUUAGUUUUUUUUUAAUGUAUUUCUAUUUUUCACUCUUUCACUUUUAUUGGAAUGUCAAAUCAGAUAUUUUGCCUAUAUUUCUGUGAGACGUUACUGCUAUCAAAAUAGUAGAGUAUGGUAAUUAGUUGAAGUUACAUAGUAUUUUCUGGAUUCUACUGUUUAUUAAAUACUGUUGAUGGCACAAGAAUAUUGCACAAGAUCAUAAUGCUCUGUCGUAUAUUUCCAUUCUGUAACUUUCUGCGAACUGUGAUGCACUUAUUCGUGGCAUCACAUAACUAUUGUUUAUUUUGAUGUCACAUUGCACUGACAGUUAAGGUAAAAAAAUAAAUUGAUAUUAACACAA